AAUAUUAGUAUAUAUAAAUAAGUCAAUUAAUUAAAAUUAUAAUGAGAAUAAAACUAUUAGUUUCCAUUUUUAUGAAAUCAAAUAUGGUUACUUUGACUUCUAUAUUUAGAGAAUAAAACUAAAAAGAAGCUGUUAGACUUGACUAAAAAGCAAACAAAAGUUUAAUUUGAACUGCACAGAUUUCAAUCGUUUCUCUCCCUCGCUCCUCCAUGAAAGCUACCUUCGUCUCCUCCACUGCGCGAACUGUGGACUCCCUGAGAGAUCUCCUCUAGAGCAAGACUUCGUUUGUUCAAUUUAGAGCAAAGCUCACACCAUGAUCUCCAGCAGAGUAUUAAAUUCGCCUGCUCCCAAGGUCCGUGGCGGCAACGGACCAUCCUCAGCUCCUGUACCGGUCACCAGAGCCAUAGUGACCAAUGCUGACGCCACUGGUUCUGCUUCCGAAGAUGACAUGUAUACAAAUUCAGACGACUUCUCUCUUGCGAACAGUAGAGUGUCUACUAACGUCGGUCGUAGGCACGGAAGAAACUUGUCUUAUUGUACCUGCUCCGAGGAGUUUGAUGCUGACAAAUUUUACACAAGAGUUAUCCCUCCAUUUUCCGGGGCAGCAGAGGAAUCUGGAGAAAUUAAACCAGCAAGGUCAGGUGUUCAAGUUUCACAAGGCAAGACAGACGAUUGUGUAGAAAGUAAAAAGACUGGACAUUCUACUAGACUUAGUGCUGUUUCUGAGUCAUUUGGGCCAUCUGAUCAAGAUCUCGUUCGGAUGCCAACUUUUCAUGCAAGUGCUCGUGGCACAUGGCUUGCAGUGGUUUCCUAUGAUGCAUGUGUGCGACUUUGCCUUCAUGCGUGGGCAAAGGGUUGCAUGGAGGCUCCCAUGUUUCUGGAAAACGAAUGUGCUCUUCUACGAGAAGCAUUCGGGUUGACGCAACUCCUUUUGCGAUCGGAGGAGGAAAUGCGGGUGAAUCAAUCUUCACAAGCUCCGCACGAGGGAGUUGCACCAAAACCCAACAAAAACACUGGCAAAAUGAUGGUUCAAGUACGACGUGUUGAAACAGUUUUGGAUGCUCCAACAAGUUUAAAGCCAUCGCUGAAAAAGUUUGAGAAAUCCCGGGGUUACUUUUCCAAUAUCUCAACACGUAUAUCUUCUGGAUGGCGGGCUCUAAGGAAGAACUAUCUUCGUGUACCUGCAAAUGGUUCUUCUGUUUCACGUCAAAGCCCGGGACAUGUACAUGCCAGACCAGAGUGCUUAAAGCAAGUUUCUUGUCCCCUGAAAGUUGGUGUCACAAGUCCACGUAAUAGUUCAACGUCUUAUGAUGAUGCUCAAGAGACAUACACGUGUAGGUUAAGAUUGAAAAGCUUAACUGAAGAUGACCCCAUUAUCAUGCAACCUGGAUCCGAUGAAGGGCAUGUCUUCUUUCCUGAUAGUCAUGGAGAUGAUCUGAUUGUUGAAAUACUUGAACCAAACGGGAAGGAAUUUGGGCGUGCGCUUGUCCAGCUAGCCAAGUUUUCUGAAGAUUCCGAUGAGAAACUUCUCUGGUGGUCUGUAUUUCGUGAGCCAGGACAUCAACUUGUGGGAAAACUCCAGCUCUAUAUUGACUAUUCAGCAAGUUCUGAUGAUAAUAGCCAUUUGAAGGGUGGUUCUGUUGCGGAAACAGACGCAUAUGACCUAGUCUUGGAAGUGGCCUUGAAAAUGCAGUGGUUCCAGCAAAGAAACUUGUUGUUAUAUGGUUCAUGGAAAUGGCUUUUGGAAGAAUUUUCCUCCUACUAUGGGAUUUCAGAUGUCUACACCAAGCUCAGAUACUUGACCUAUGUGAUGGAUGUCGCUACACCGACCUCAGACUGUCUCCAUUUGGUGCAUGACUUGCUAACACCUGUCAUCAUGAAAGGAAAUGACAAGGCCACCUUGAGUCAUCAAGAGAAUCGGAUCCUAAAUGGAAUCAAGGACCAAACCGAGCAGAUCCUGAAGCUGGUCUUCGAGAACUACAAAUCUCUUGAGGAGUCUUCUUUCUCUGGAAUAAAAGAUGUAGUCAGUUCUGCAACAGGAGUUCCAGCGCCAGCACUCGCUCCCGCUGUUAAAUUGUACAUGCUUCUGCAUGAUGUCUUGUCUCCAGAGGAUAAGACUAAUCUUUGUCAUUACUUCCAAGUAGCAGCAAAGAAGAGAUCUAGAAUGCACAUCGGUGAGAUAGAUGAAUUUGUUAGAAAAAACAAUGAUCCCAAUUUUUGGGAUCCUUCUUCAAGGGCUGCUUACCAUAAAAUGAUUAUGGUCUGCAAGAAUGUAAAGAAUGAGAUUUAUACUGAUAUUGAGAUCCACAAUCAAAAUAUACUUCCCAGCUUUAUUGACCUUUCAAACCUGUCAGCAUCCAUAUAUAGCACUGAUCUCUGCAACAGACUUCGAACCUUCCUUGUUGCUUGUCCACCGUCUGGUCCUUCACCAGCAGUUCAACAGCUUGUGAUUGCAACUGAAGACUUUCAACGUGACCUUUCCAGCUGGAACAUCCGUCCUAUCCAAGCUGGUGUUGAUGCAAAAGAAUUGUUCCACCUAUAUAUUAUGACUUGGAUUCAAAAUAGACGCCUUUACUUACUUGAAUCAUGCAAACUUGAUAAGGUAAAAUGGUGCGGAGUGGGGACACAACAUUCAGCAACCCCAUUUGUUGAUGAAAUGUACACCAGGCUGAACGAAACCAUUCAAGACUAUCAAGCUAUCAUUUCUAGAUGGCCGGAAUAUAUUUACGUUCUGGAGAGUGCCAUAGCUGAUGUUGAAAUAGCAAUUGUGGAAGCUCUGGAGAAGCGGUAUGCAGAUGUCUUAUCACCUCUGAAAGAAAACUCAGCUCCAAAAAAGCUAAGCUUCAAGUAUGUCAAAUACCUAACCAAAAGAUCUGCGGUUUCAUAUGUAGUUCCGGAUGAGCUCGGCAUUCUACUAAACUCUGUGAAGAGAAUGCUUGAUGUUCUAGGGCCUGAUAUAGAGGCUCAAUUUCAAGCAUGGUCUUCAUGCGUUCCUGAUGGAUCUAGGAACGCAGCUGCUGGGGAUCGUCUUUCUGAGGUGACAGUGAUGCUCAGAGCCAAGUUUCGAAGUUACGUUCAAGCUAUAGUCGAAAAACUCGUAAAAAAUAGCAAACUAAAAAAGGAGACAAUGUUGAAGAAGAUUCUUCAGUACUCUAAAGAAAGUGUUGGAGAAUCGGACAUGAGAAGAAAAAUGCAAAAGCUGAAGGAGCAGCUCACCAACACAGUGAAUCAUCUACAUUUCGUUUGUUCAACGGAUGUGUUCAUCGCAUUGUCCCGAGGAUACUGGGAUCAUAUGGGAUGGAUUGUUCUAAGCUUUUUGGAGAACAAAAAAGAGAAGAGAGCUUGGUACAAGGGUUCUAGAGUUGCUGUCUCUAUACUAGACGAUACAUUUGCAGCAGAGAUGCAAAAGCUACUAGGAGAUUCGUUGAGAGAGCAAGACUUGAAGCCUCCGAGAUCGAUUGUGGAGGUUCGCUCGAUUCUUUGCAAGGACACUACAGUUAAUGAAGGCAAGUCUUUCUAAAGACGAUCAAGGACACUUGUUAUUGGGCAAAAAAUUCUAGAGGAAUCAUUAAAUUUUGAGAUUCUUAUUGUUAUUGGUUCGUGAAUUGUUAAAAUCUAAAUAGAAUCCAUUGUUAUUGGGGUGAUGAUUUUUAAAUUUCACUCAAAAUCCUUUGUUAUUGGAAAAGUUUAGUUUUCAUUGAUUUUAAGAUUAUAUUAAAAUCUAUUGUUAUUGGGAUGUAAAUUUUCUUUGUUUUUACUCAUAGUACUCAAU